CCAAAUGUCCAUAGUCCUGAGGUCAGUCAGUUGUAUUUGUAGGUUGUAAAUAAUGGUGGCGGGUUAUUAUUUUUAAAAAAGAUUUAAGUACCCUAUUUUUGCACAAUUACUUAAACAAUGACACCAAAAGUAGUAUUUAGUAUUUUUAGAUUAAACAUUUUAAUACUCAUUUUUAUAUUUCUAUUGAACGUAAACGGUAGAGAAAUCGAUGAUACUCUAGUAUUCACUGUAGCUACAUCGGAAACCGACGGUUUUCUACGCUAUAUGCGUUCUGCUAUUGAAUAUGGUAUUAAACCUGUAGUACUCGGAUUGGGAGAAAACUGGAAAGGGGGUGAAAAUAUUCGUUACCGCCCGGGCGGCGGGUGGAAAGUCAACUUGUUGAAGAAGGCCUUGGAACCCUACAAAGAUGACUCAAACCGAAUAGUGCUCUUUACUGAUGGGUACGAUGUGAUGUUUUUAAGUGAUUUAAGUGCAAUAAUUGACAAGUUCAAGAAGACUGAGGCCCGUGUACUCUUUGGUGCCGAAAGCUCUUGUUGGCCUGAUGCAGACUUAGAAUCUUUAUAUCCACCUGUAAUUUCGGGAAAAAGGUUUCUGAACUCUGGGUUAUACAUUGGCUAUGUACCUGACAUUUACAAACUGCUCACUUACGCCCCGUUAAAAGACGAAGGCGACGAUCAAUUGUACUUUACUCACGCUUACGUAGAUGACAAAUUACGUAACGAAUUAAAUUUUAAGCUUGACUCUAAUAGUGAGAUUUUCCAAAAUCUGAAUGGUGCUAUCAACGAAAUUGAGUUGUAUCACAACACCGAAAAGGAGUACACGGAAUUUAAACUCAAAAAUGUCGUUAGCCACACUGAGCCGUUAGUGAUACACGGCAAUGGCUUUUCGAAGACCAAACUGAAUGCCCUCGGGAAUUACCUGGCACGGGCGUGGACCCCCGAAGAGGAGUGUAAACAUUGUAGAUGGGGUCAUAUAGAUUUGGAGAAGACGCAGGAUGCGAAUAUGCCUACUGUUCUGCUUGCUAUUUUCAUUGAGAAUCCCACCCCAUUCGUUGAAGAAUUCUUCCAGAAAAUUGGCGACUUGGAAUAUCCCAAGCAGAGAAUUCAUGUACUGAUACAUAAUGCUGUGAAGUACCACAUUCCUCAUGUUCAACAAUUUGUUGAAGCCUCCGGCAGCAAGUACCUCAGCUUAAAACAGAUAACACCCGACGAUGGUAUAACAGAAUGGAACGCGCGAGAUUUAUCACUUGAUCUCUGUGUGCAAAAGGAAUGCGAUAUGUAUUUCGCUGUCGACUCGAUUGCUCAUCUCGAUAAUCCUCACACACUCCGUUUGCUAAUUGAGCAAAACCGUACUGUAGUGGCACCUCUAUUAGUUCGUCCGGAAAAGGCGUGGAGUAAUUUCUGGGGUGCCCUAACUCGAGAUGGUUUCUACGCACGUUCCCACGAUUAUCUUGACAUUGUGUAUAAUAAAAAACGGGGAUUAUGGAAUGUUCCUUUUAUAAAUACUUGUUACCUUGUCAAUGGGACUUUGUUGAAAAAACACGAUAGAACGAAGAUCACUUUCGUGAGAGAUAAUUUGGACGCCGACAUGGCUUUCUGUGGAAACCUCAAUGAUCUGGACGUAUUUUUGUAUGUAUCAAAUCGUGUAGAAUUUGGCCACCUUAUUAAUACGGACACGUUCGACGUCACCCGUACAACGCCAGAGAUGUACCAAAUCUUUGAGAAUGGUCGCGAUUGGGCGGCACGAUACAUUCACCCGGAAUAUCCGGAGACUUUUAAUCCCGAUAAAAAACCUUUACAACCAUGUCCUGACGUCUACUGGGUGCCGAUUGUUACAAGACGUUUUUGUAAAGACCUAAUUAGCAUGAUGGAGGCGUUUGGAAAAUGGUCAGACGGGACGAACGAAGAUAAUAGGCUUACGGGUGGAUAUGAGGCGGUUCCCACUCGCGAUAUUCACAUGAACCAGGUUGGCUGGGAGCCCCACUGGAUGCAGUUUUUGCAAAAGUGGGUUAGGCCCAUUCAGGAACACAUUUUUACCGGUUACUUUCACGAUCCGCCACGGUCUCUAAUGAAUUUUGUCGUGCGGUAUAAACCUGGCGAGCAACCUUCACUCAGACCACACCAUGACAGUUCAACUUACACUAUUAAUAUAGCUUUAAAUGAAGUUGGUAAAGACUAUGAGGGUGGCGGUUGUCGUUUUAUUCGCUACAACUGCAGCGUAACAGACACUAAACCUGGCUGGUUAAUAAUGCAUCCUGGAAGACUUACACACUAUCACGAGGGUCUUUUAGUAACUAAGGGUGUGCGGUACAUCAUGAUUUCAUUUGUUGAUCCAUAAUCACGUUCAUCCUGACAUAUUUACUUAAUAUUUUUAUAAAGCUCUUACUUGCCAGAAUUUAAUAUGUGUAUAGUAUGUAUGUAUAUUUACAUAUGUUAAGUUUUAUAUCUCUUACAUAAUAAAGUGCAUUUUAUAAUGUUUUAA